AUGGCCCUCUUCCGUGGACGCCUCGCUUUCAUGGUGCUCGUGCUCCUGGCGGUGAACUUUCUUCGCUGGUGGCAUGGGGAUGAUGAGGUGAUCUUGGCAGUGGCAGCACAACCCGGCGACUAUGACGACGAGUUCAACGAGCACCUCUACCACACAACCUGGGGAGAGACGACGUUGACUUCACAAGCCCAAUGGGAGAGCGAAUGGGGGAGCACGCAACUGGACGCGGAUAAUCUACCAGCUCCUCCCGAACCAACUGCCCUUCCUGCUACUUCGCUGUCCUCCUCUUUGGCGCCUGAUACCGUGCCACACCAGAGUGAGGAACAUGGGAUGAAUGUUGCAGGACAGGUGGCAGGACCGGCCCUUUCAGUUGACGACCUCCUCGACUACGAAGACUAUGUUGAGCGCUACCUGCGGAGGGUGGAAGAUCCUGAACCACGUGCUGCUCAUGGAGAAGACGCCCUCGCACCACCUGGGGACAGUCAAGCAACUGUGGCCACUCCGGUUGACUGGGAGGAACAAGAGUCUACAGUCGACGAGGAGGAAGGCUGGAUUCGGCGAAACGGAGAAUGGAAACGUGGUCGUGACCGCUGGCACAAUCGCGAUGGGUCCCUCAAGAAUCCGCCGAGCAGACAGCACACUUGGGAUCCAACCAACCUGUGGCCAUGCAGCUGGGACGACUUCCCACCUGAAGGUGCAACAUCAUCCUCCUCCUCUUGGGGCGACACUGGCAUUGAGGAAGUGCCUCUUCCUGAAGGGAGACCUCUUCUGUCGGGUGAGCUUACAACCAUCGAUGAGCAUGAUGCUGAUGCUCCUCUGCCCUCUCAGACGAGAACAAUGGAUGAAGCGGACCAGGCGGGUGGCAGCACCUAUGCCACUGGGUUCUACAGGAAUGGUGAGUGGAUCCCACGUGAGAGGACGCCACAGGAGUUGAGAUUCCAUACUGGAGGCCAAGGUUCGGUGCGAAAGGCGAAAAGAGAGGAGAGCGACCUCUGGUUCUUCGUCGUCCUCGUGGAAUUCUGGGACCUCACCGUCAUGUUCUACUUCCACGACAACUGGGUCGACUUGUUCCUCUGCCGUGACCACGGGGUUGACUACAAGCACCAGCACCUCCAGGUCGAGCUCUUCGUCUUCCACCAGCUCUUCAUCUCCUUCACCCUCCUGUUUGCCAGCCACAACGACAACCGGAUCGACUAUGUCUUCCUUGAGCUGUUCGACUACGAGCUCUACUACCUGGAGUUGAUUGGCUACGACCUUGGCGAUUUCAACUACGAGCCCGACUAUCACUUCCUGGAGCUGUUCGACUACGAGCCCGCCUACAUCAUGCUCUUUCCUUCCUUGUCCAAAGACCCGUCGGUGAUGGGAACGGAGACUGAGGAUGUGACCUUCAUGCAGCUCUCAGGCUCGGAGCGUGCCUCCCUUCAAGAAGCUGGGCUCAGGGAAGUGCAGAUGCAGAGGCUUGAGGCCUUGAUGGAAUGCUUGGACGAGUUCCAAGAACGAGGUCUUGGGCCUGAAUCGCGAUGGGGGCUUCGAUGUGCACUUCGUCGGUGUGAUGGCCUCAGCGAGUUGCUUGACCGCCUCCUUGGCAUCCUCGAACGGAGAAUGAGGGUCCGUGGCUUCUGGCCUGUCAGUCGGGUACCUGCUACGGACCGCGAUUGUGAACGCUGGUGGACGUGGGCGAGGCAAUUUUCACAGGUGGUACAAGAAGCGGUCCAAGGACAACUUCAGACGCCGCUUGGACCACCUGAUCUUGAUGAACACCUUCGUUCUCAUGAGUCCGAAGGUGGAAUUGAGAGCGCUGCUGGCAUGGGGUGGCUAGGCAGGUCUGGCGGGGCGGCCUCAUCCACCGAUCGUCCGGUCAUCGUCAUCCCGUACAUGCGUCGCCGACGGGACGCCCCAGCUUCGCCAGCGAGAGCAAGUCGUUCGGUGUCCAGAUCGCCCAGACGGAACCCUGCCAACUCGGAGAUCAACGAAGACAUGUCGGGGCAUGACUCUGCACGCAGUGCCAGCGUCGACUUGGAGGCCUCCUCGGACGGUGAGCCCUAUUCAAUGGACUCGUCGCAUGCACUUGAUGAACAUGGAGUACUAGUUGAAGUGCCGCCACAGACUGGACCGGGUCCUUUCGGUCCCCCUCCUCCGCAACCAGUGAAUCACCCCCUGGCACCCACGGAACUUAUGGGUAUUUGGAGAGAACCGGAAGAGGAGCCUGGACCGUCUACUACGACCUUGACCUCUAUCACUGGGGAGACUUUGGCUUUGUCCUCUACUUCCACAUUUGGGGACGCAGAAGCUGAUGGUCUUGAACUGAUGCAGGAGUCUUUCGUCCUCGAGCCGGGUGACCAAUGGACAUUGACCUCGACGUCAACGAGUACACAAGUGAUGCCCGCCGAUAUCGUCAGGAAUGCCACCAACAAUGCCCUGGCACUAUGCACUCGCGCGGACACCUUGGAGCUCCUCCGACGUCUCCUUCGUCGGUGUCGUCACAUGCAACACUGCUCGCGUCUACUCCUUGAUGCUGUUGAGGAGGCACUGCAGUGGGUGGAGUUGCCGGAGUCGGCUCUUCCUCUCAAUGCGGGCAUCGCCGAUCGCGUGGUGUGGGGCGAGGUUUCGAGGCAAGUCGCUCACGGAUCGUCCGCCACCCCUGAUCGCCCGACUCACUGGGUCACUGAUCCCAGUGUGGUGCUUCAGCCUGGCCUCCCACGUGACGUUGAUGAACUACGGAGUGCCCUUCCUGGGAUACCUGAUCAUGUCGCUGCUGGUUAUCGUCGAAGAGCUUGGAGGCUACAUAUCCAUGAGUUAUAUCGUGCUCUUGGUCGUGAUAGCCCGCGGGGCAACUGGCCGGCAGAGGAGGACCGAGACCUCUUCUUGGUGCAACAGUCGUUGGAGCAGGAAGUCGAUAACUGGCCAGCUUCAGCAACCAGGCCGUCCUUGAGUUCUGUUACCAUCGCUGGUCGGCGACGUGGACGUCUUCCUCGGCCAGUUCCGACCCGGAUGCCAACACAGGUAAACCCCCUGCUGGAAAUGGUUGAUGGUGUUCAGAUGGGGAUGAGCUCUGCGGCACCAACUGUGUCUCUGACUGGAACGAGAAAUCGUAGCAGAAGCCGUGAUGCACAUCGUGAUGGUCCUGGUGUACCUCGUGGUGUUCUUCCUGAUGGUCUUCCUUCUCCUGUAGGUGUACUUUCGCCGGAAGCAGCACAUUCACCUGAAGAACCAGGUUCGCCGGAAGAUGAUCGUCGACCAGAAGGGCUCCGUUCUCCGCAAGUUGCAGGAUCUCAACAGGAUGGUCCAGACAUUAUGCUGCAGGAAGGGUACACAUCCGAGGAUACCACGUUGUCUGUCAUGAACGAGGGUGCCUUCUCUACUGCUGCCGCUUCUGCCUCGGACCUUGGAGUCGUUCAUGGUGCAGUUCUUCGUCGUCAGCCCUAUGAUGUGUUCACGGGUGAGCCUCCAGUCGAUGAAGGAAAUUUUCCUCGUCGUCGGCAAGUUGGUCGCUACUAUCGUCGUCGUCGUGUGGAGUCGCGGAAUGCAAAGUUCGAGCAAUCUGAGCAGUGA